CGGAGUGCAAUAAUUGGCGUGGGCAACUAUGGAAAAUAUGGGCGUGGACCUCGAGAUCGACGAGAGCAAGUUGUGGGACCCGGCAGAGCGCCAGGCGUACAUGGAUGCUUUGCCAGACAUGACGCUGUUUGAGGACCACGUGGUGGAGGGCGACGAGAUGGUGGAAGCCAUCCAGGCUCUGAUUGAGGACGGCGAGACGGCCGAGAGCUUGGCUCUCCACUGGAAGAACCAGGGCAACGACAUGUUCUCGGACGCCAAGAAAGCUCAUCGAGGCUACUUUAAGAAUGCUAUGAAGUACUAUAAUGACGCAUUAGCCUACGCCUACAAGGCGUUGGCGCUACCCGAUGAGGAGCGCGAUCUUUCCUACGACAUGAAGGAACUCACGUCUCAGAUCCUGUGCAACCGCGCGGCUGUGCAACUAGAGCUCAAAAACUACGCCAGCUGCCGCUCUGAUGCCGCUAAGGCCAUCAAUCGCGACCCCAGCAAUGUCAAGGCCUACUACCGCGGUGCCAAGGCUUCUAGGAUGCUGCGCAAGCCUGUGGACACCUUGCGUUACUGUGAGGAGGGCCUCAAGCGCGACCCGAAGAAUAACUUGCUGCUGAAGCUUCAAGUUGAAGGGCGCAGACUUGUGGAGGAGCUGCGUGUUGAGAAGUUGAAGCGAGAGAGGGAACGCAUGAAACGCCGUGCCGCCACGGACAAGUACCGGAAACUUUGCGCUUCUCGCGGAGUCCGUGUGGGUCGCGCUAUGGUGGACGACGAGCGUGUGCGCCAGUACGAAGGCAAGGCUGACUUGGACCCUCAGAGUGGCAACAUGUACUGGCCUGUGCUCUUCCUGUACGACCAGCACGGCACAUCGGACUUUGUGCAGUUCUUCGGUGAGCAGGACACGGUAAUUGAGCACCUGGCCAAUAUGUUCCCAGAGGAUGGCCCGUAUGCCGAUUGGGACACCAACAACGAGUUCGUGGCAUCCAAACUUGUGGUUUAUGCGGCGGCAGACAUGGUGGUGCCGUACUCGUCAUCUAAGGAAUGGCAUGUGGGUCUCAGCGGUGAGAAGGAGGAGGAUGACGAGGAGGUCAGUCGCAUUCGACUCGAAGAGAAGCACGAGGCCAAGACGCAGUACUGGAUCGAAGUGGCGCCCUUCUGCACGUUGCAGCAGCUACUGACACACGAGAAGUAUGUAGUUCCCGGUGUUCCCGUGCUCAAUAUCUUUGUACGUGGCUCAGAGGCGCUCGGCAACUUCCUCACACGCAUCGAGCGCAAGGUUAUCACUCUUGACGCACAGCGGUAGCCAUGUUUAUUGCUAAGCUAAUUGGUUAAAUAUCUGCUCAGCAGC